UGAUCCGACCCGUCCGUGAACCAUAACCCGACCCGACCUGAAAAAACACGGUUUGAAUUGAUUCACGGAUUCGACCCGUAUGACCCGUACAACCCGCUGAUAACCCGUCUCUUAAAAACAAUCCCACGUUUUAUGCCUUGCAGAUGAAACCUAGCCAUUGCCUCUGUUGAGUCCGUUCCCCUUCAUGAAAGCUUAGAUUUGGGACACUACCAAAGCAAAGACUUGAAAGUCUUUCACGGAUUCAGGAUGCUUGAUUCCCCCAAAGCAAAGACUUGAAAGUCUUAAAAGGAGCAGAUCCUUCUAGCUGAUAUUUCUCUCUUCUUCUACCCAUUUCUCGAUUCCCCCAUUUCUCGAUUCAGGAGGUUUGAAAGCGCUUUUGAGAGAGAAUGAUGUGAAGCCUGGAGAACAGUGAAUGCAAAAGACGUGGUACAGGGAGAACGCUUCUGUUCCGCACAGGGGGAGAACUCAGAACACCUCUCUUUCUUCGACCUCGUGGACACUUGCACUUGCUCUCGGAGGAUCCCCCUUGCCCCUCUCUGCCCAACGGUGCCCCCGACUUCCACGCCCCAGCCAAGCACUUCGCCCCACACGCCGCAGUCGCCGUCGCCAUCGCUACCUUUAGUGCCAGGCGCUGAAUAUUCUGUAAUUCCUUGAGAAUAGUUGGUUCUACAAGAACUGAAAACAUGGAAGAAGCUGAUGAUUAUGCUGAAUACAUUCCUGUGGCAAAGCGAAGAGCCAUGGAAGCACAGAAGAUUCUUCAGCGGAAGGGCAAGUCCUCUGCACUUGAAGAAGAGUUGGAGAAAGCAAAACUUGCCGAGGCCAAACCAAGCCUUCUUGUAAAAGCAUCACAGCUGAAGCGAGACCAACCCGAGAUAAGUCCAACCCAGCAGAUUGUGCAACAAGAAAAGGAAAUGAUUGAGCACUUAUCAGAUCGGAAAACGUUAAUGUCUGUUCGUGAACUGGCAAAAGGGAUUACUUAUACGGAGCCUCUGUUGACGGGAUGGAAGCCACCAUUGCCAAUCAGAAGGAUGUCAAAAAAGGAAUGUGAUGCAAUUCGGAAGCAGUGGCACAUAAUAGUUGAUGGGGAAGACAUUCUCCCUCCAAUUAAGGAUUUUAAGGAUAUGAGGUUUCCGGAACCAAUUUUGAAGAAGCUAAAGGCAAAGGGAAUUGUACGACCAACUCCUAUUCAGGUGCAAGGUCUUCCUGUGAUUUUAUCUGGGAGGGACAUGAUUGGGAUUGCGUUUACAGGCUCAGGCAAGACAUUGGUUUUUGUGCUUCCAAUGAUAAUGGUGGCGCUGCAGGAGGAGAUUAUGAUGCCUAUCGUUCCAGGAGAGGGGCCAUUUGGUUUGAUUAUAUGCCCAUCAAGAGAACUCGCAAGGCAGACUUAUGAAGUAGUGGAAGAGUUCUUGGCUCCCAUGAGGGAGGCUGGUUAUCCAGAAGUGAGGCCUUUGCUCUGUAUAGGUGGAGUGGAUAUGAGAACGCAGUUGGAUGUUGUGAAGAAGGGUGUUCAUAUUGUGGUUGCUACUCCUGGGAGGCUGAAGGAUAUGUUAGCAAAGAAAAAAAUGAAUCUUGACAAUUGCAGGUAUCUUACUUUAGACGAGGCAGAUAGAUUGGUGGAUUUGGGCUUUGAAGAUGAUAUAAGAGAAGUUUUUGACCACUUUAAAGCUCAACGGCAAACUCUCUUAUUUUCUGCCACCAUGCCUACCAAGAUUCAGAACUUUGCCAGAAGUGCUCUAGUAAAACCUGUGACUGUUAAUGUGGGAAGAGCUGGAGCAGCGAAUCUCGAUGUGAUUCAGGAGGUCGAGUAUGUAAAGCAAGAGGCCAAGAUUGUUUACCUUCUUGAAUGUCUGCAGAAAACCCCACCACCUGUUUUAAUUUUCUGUGAGAACAAGGCUGAUGUGGAUGACAUUCAUGAAUAUCUCCUCUUGAAAGGAGUCGAAGCUGUAGCCAUCCAUGGAGGCAAGGACCAGGAAGAGAGAGAGUAUGCCAUUUCAUCCUUUAAGGCAGGAAAGAAAGAUGUCUUGGUUGCUACUGAUGUUGCCUCAAAGGGGUUGGAUUUUCCUGACAUUCAACACGUCAUUAAUUAUGACAUGCCUGCAGAGAUCGAAAACUAUGUUCACAGGAUUGGACGAACUGGAAGAUGUGGCAAGACAGGAAUAGCUACAACAUUUAUAAACAAGAAUCAGAGUGAGACAACACUUCUUGAUUUGAAACACCUCUUGCAAGAAGCAAAACAGAGAAUUCCACCUGUGCUGGCUGAGCUAAAUGAUCCGAUGGAAGAUGUAGAAGCAAUUGCCAGUGCAAGUGGGGUUAAGGGCUGUGUAUAUUGUGGUGGGCUUGGUCACCGUAUUCGGGACUGCCCGAAAUUGGAACAUCAAAAAAGCAUGGCUAUUUCCAGCUCCAGAAGGGAUUACUUUGGAUCUGGUGGUUACCGAGGGGAGAUAUGAUAUUGACCGAGCUUAUAUAUGUAGAGACGUUCUUCACUUAGUUGAAAAUAUGGUAUGCACUCUUUUGCAUCUUGUAAUUGCGCAACUGAAACAACUUAUAAAAAAAAAAAAAAAAUUGCGCAACUGAAACAGAAUUGGAUUAGAUGCUUGUAUGUUCAUGCAUGAUGCAUUUGGGGCUAAGGCCUCUAGAAAUGGUCCCGAUAACUUUGGUUCAGUUGAAUAUCUGAAUGUGUUGUACUUCAGCUAGAACCGUUCACGGUAACUUUGAUGAAGUGGAAUCUUCGAGCA